AUGGGGCAGCAGCGAUCGUCUCCCUGCGCGAACGGCCGAGUUGAGUUGCGUGCUAUGAUUGUGGGAGGCAAGGAAGUGGGCAAGCACGCGCUGGCACACAUACUCCACCAUCGGUUUAAGGGCGUGAGCCGCCACAUCUGUCACAAGGGCUGGAUGCAUUCCGAUGACGACGACGAUGAAGAAGGUGGGAGCAGGUGGUGGGACAACAAGGCCGACGAUGACUGGACCGUCGUGGGACCCUGCCUCGAAUUCGGCGACGCGCUCGUGCACGUCACCACCGAAGUCGCUACGCUGACCCCCACCAACCAAUCAACCACUGACAAAGCUGAUAUCACGGCGACAGAGUCCGGUGUGGUGGAUGGCCUGCAAGAGGUGCAGAUCGUGCGGAUGGCGGAGUGUUUGGCAGUACGUCCGGACGUGGUGGUGCUCGUCUUCGCCGUGACCGACGCAGCUUCCAUCCUCGCAGUGUCUCGCCAGAGUAUUGCACUAACGUCGCUGGCGCACAAUUUCCAGAUCAUGCCGGCGAUCAGGAGGGAAUACAACCACCUGCCCGUUCUGCUGGCGGUUGCGCUGUGUCACCGGAUUGGCGCGUCCAACUACGUCGAUGUGUCGGUGUAUGAGGUGGUCGGUCUCGGUGCCACGCUCAAGGAGAUCAUCGAACUGGAAAAGGACCUGGCGGAAGAGACACUCCGCUUUCGCAGCCCACGUGUGCCCGACAUGUUGGACACAAUCCCUUCCAUCCACUACCGCCUCAGGUGCCUCCGCUGUUCGGCGAUGCCGAUCGUGGGCCAGGCCUGGGGGUGCAAGUCGUGCGGUCACACCGAACAGGGACCCAUGUGCUCCUCCUGCAAGCGCGACCACAUACAACGCAAGGUGGAGCACAGGGUGGUGCCCUACUCGGCCGAGCGAAACAACAGAGGCGUCAAGCAGAAGGCCGCCAGGCAGCUGCUGGACGCAACCCAAGAAGGCGAAGGCGAAGGCGAAGGCGAAGGCUCGGCCGGCGAUGACGGCAGAGAUCGCGUUGUUGGGGAGGUCGACCAGCAGCUGGCGCGGGUGGGCUUCAGCCACCGCAACAGUCGAUUCUUCCACCACCACCGGGGUCAUCACCACAAGCGCCAGAGGGUUGAUCACCGCCACCAAGCCAGCGAGAAGGAGAAAGGCGUGGACGAAAUCUUCCAGCUCUUCUCCAAAAGAAAUUGA